UCCGGAUUGGCCACUAGGCUGGAGUCGCGCUAAGGCCCCGCCUUCUCUCCGGGUUCUUUGAUCACGCGCCGGAGGGCUCUUCCGGGGCCGGAGCCAACCCACGGUGUUGCUGUCAGGGCUGCACGGCGGGAGGGAGCCCAGGGGAGGCGCCCUCCCGAAGCCACCACGGCCCAUGCAGACCACUCAGCCAUCUGGCAGCUGAUGCCAUGAGCAACACGACAGUGCCCAAUGCCCCCCAGGCCAACAGCGACUCGAUGGUGGGCUAUGUGUUGGGGCCCUUCUUCCUCAUCACCCUGGUCGGGGUGGUGGUGGCUGUGGUAAUGUAUGUGCAGAAGAAAAAGCGGGUGGACCGGCUUCGCCAUCACCUGCUCCCCAUGUACAGCUAUGACCCUGCAGAAGAGCUCCAUGAGGCUGAGCAGGAGCUGCUGUCUGAUGUGGGAGACCCCAAGGUGGUACACGGCUGGCAGAACAGCUACCAGCACAAGAGGAUGCCCCUGCUGGACAUCAAGACCUGAGUGUCCACGACCCUCCCUCCCGCCACCCACCCGCCGGUACACGGCUGGUCCGAGCCAAGCCUGCCAGGCCCUCACGGAUCUUUUUUCUCCAUGGUUUGGGUGGCUCUGCUUCCCUAAGAGGUCCCUGGAGCCAGUCCUGUAUGGCAGGCCCAGCUGUGUAGUAUCACGUGUAUAUACUUUGUAAAUAAACUUUUGUGACUUCAAGCUACCCUCCUUGGGGUGGACUCCAUCUUUGA